AUGUCUGUUCCCCUCACAACAGCGAGGACUUUGCUGCGUCGGCUUUCAUUGCUGCCAGAGACUGAUUCAGGAGGUCCUCAUUUGCCAUCAUUGUCAUCAUCGCAAAAUUCGCCGACGGAAGGGGCGGGUCUCGCCUCCACGACAAUUGGCGGAUCAUCGGACACUUCUAGUGCUCUUGUGCAUGCUUGCUUUACGGGUUUGGGUUUGGUGCACUUCGCAGUGGCCUUUUGGACGCGUGCCUGGCUUUUCCGUCUUGUUCUCCUCUUUGCUUCUGUUGGCCUUUUGGUCUAUGCUGUCGCCAGUCUUCAACUCGUGUCAGGUGCCCUCUGGCUCCUACGGCAGGUUUGGAUCUCCCUCACCACCGCCCUCCGUAGUUCCGACUUCUUCACCACAAUCGAGAACGGAGAGUAUUCUCUCCUCCUAAUUCCUCCCUCUCUCAGGUUGUCACUGCGAUGGGCGCGCAAAAUCGAGCGUUAUCUGUACGACUUCAUCGAUGAAUACUUGGAUUAUUUGGUCAGUUUUGUUAUAAUAAGCCUGAUGGUUCUUAUCAGCCUUCUCUUCGCCGUCUUCCUCGUGGUUCAGGUGAGUGUCCUCCCUCCCAUUCUGAAUAGCUCCAUUCAUUAG